AGUCCACCUGGUCCACCUUCCACGUUCCUGUUGCAGAUAGCAACUAGUUUUUUAUCUGCUUGUCUUUUCUUUCCAAUCUCCUCCAAAAACCUUGAAAAUAUAACCAUGGGUAGGAAAUUCUUUGUCGGUGGUAACUGGAAGAUGAAUGGCAGUAAGGCUAAAAUCGAUGAAAUCCUGAAAAAUCUUCACGACAACUCGCUAUCUGCUGAUACAGAGGUAGUGAUCUCCCCUCCAUCCCUCUACCUGARCUAUGUUCGAAGUUCAGCCAAGCCAGAGAUUGGUGUCGCAGCACAAAACUGUUAUAAGGUUGCAAGUGGUGCUUUUACGGGGGAAAUAAGUCCAGAAAUGGUUAAAGAUUUGGACUGUGAGUGGGUGAUCCUGGGUCAUUCUGAGAGACGAAACAUUUUUGGAGAAAAUGAUGAGCUGAUAGGGGAGAAAGUAGCCCAUGUUUUAGCUAAUGAUGUCAAGGUCAUUGCCUGCAUUGGAGAAUUGCUGUCAGAAAGAGAGACAGGAAAAACCACUGAAGUUGUGUUUAGGCAAAUUAAAGCUAUUGCAGACAAGGUUUCUGACUGGAGCAAAGUUGUUAUUGCAUAUGAACCUGUCUGGGCCAUAGGAACAGGAAAAACAGCUACUCCACAACAGGCACAAGAGGUACAUCAACAGUUGCGUGACUGGUUCAAAAAGAAUGUAUCAGCAGCUGUUGCUGAAGGGAUUCGCAUCAUCUAUGGAGGUUCUGUAAAUGCUAAAAACUGCCAUGAACUGGCUUCUGAACCAGAUAUUGAUGGCUUUCUCGUUGGUGGGGCUUCACUGAAACCAGAGUUUGUCCAGAUUGUCAAUGCAAGACUCUAAGAGCUAGGGCAAGAAGCUACUCUCUAAUUGGCUGCUUCAGAGCAAAAAUUAAACAUGUGAUUUGUAAAGGUAACUGGUCUAUGACUGACCCCUCCCCUCUAAGUGGAUUACACACUGUAUUCAUAUAUCUGGAAGAUGAAUAGGAGACUGGUACAGAGAAACACCAAAAUGAGGCUAGUUGUCCAUAGUUGAACAUAUUUUUUUCUUUUUUCUUUCUAAUUAUUAUUAUUUUUAAUCAUAUUUUUAUUGUUGUAUUAUUGAAUUUUGUUUUUGCUUUCUGCUUUGCAGUUGAUUUCAAAUGAGGAUUCUUAUUUCAGGAACAUUAGAUUUAGAUUUAAUUUAUGAUGAAGUUGAUGCUAUGUUUUGAUCAAAUUCUGCUAGCCUCAUUUUCGUGUUCGUUGGUACUGUUUCUUGUGCAUCUUCUAGAGAUACGAAUAGGGUUAAAAAUAUUGUUAUAAUUUAUAGGAUGUGUUAUUGGUUAAGGAACAAGUUUUAUCGAUGGAUUAUUAGAAAUGAAAUUAAAAGAACAAUGAAUAGUU